AUGUCUCGAGAUCGAGCUGCCUACCGAAACGUCCGCUUUUACGACGCGUCAACGAGCGCCUCUAUUGGCGGAUUUUACCAGAAUGGCUCUGUCACUGAAGAAAACCUCAUCUGGAUUCUGAGCAAUGUGCUUUUGGUCAUGGAAGAGGAACACCCUUGGACUAUUCGGCGGAGAGUCUCAGGUGAAACUAUUACACCGUCAAGCAAGCCGGUUAUGCUUGGAGAUUAUGACAUCUACUCCACAGGACCUAUUCGGAUGACCAAUGAACCAUGGUUUGCUCGGCUCGCCAGUCACUCUGUUUCGGGUCGAGAAGAUCAAUUCCGGAAUGGAAUCCGUGCCAGAGAUAGGAAAUGUGUUAUAUCUGGACAGGUCAACCGUGGGGCUCAGUGGAAUAAUUGGGCCGGAUUCGAGGCUGCGCAUGUGUUCCCACUAGAGAAGGGGAGUCUCUGGGUUGAACUUGGCUAUGGACGCUGGAUAACAAACAUGGAUAACGCUACGGUAGCGCACAGAAUCAACUCUAUUCAGAAUGGAUUUCUUAUGGCAGGACACCUUCACACACGCUUUAACCAGUAUUUUUUCUCUAUAAACCCAGAUGACGGUUAUAAGAUUGUUGAGUUUGGGCCUGACAGCUGGGGGAUUGAUGGUAGAAUAUUGGACCCUAUUUGCCGCGAUCCAAAUACUAAAGAUCAUGUCUCGGAUGAGCUGCUCCGAUGGCACUUCCGACAGUCUGUGCUUGCUAAUAUGCGAGGUGCAGGGGAGCCUAUCUUUGAGUCUGACUUCCCCCCUGGAUCAGAUGUGAUGGGAACCAUGCGCGAUGAGCUGUAUGGCAAAGAGAGAUUUGAGAUGGAACUUGAAUCAAGACUACGAUCUGAGGUUACAAACAGCUAG